AUGGGCGACGUCGAAAAAGCCGCGGCCGCUAGUCUAAAGCCUCCCGCAGUUUCUACUACAGACGACAACUUGGUGGACUGGGAUGGACCCAAUGAUCCCACAAAUCCGGUGAACUGGCCGUUUCGCAGACGAUGGCUGGUCACAAUCAGUGUAGCUGGGUUCAGCUUCAUAUCCCCAACAUCAACUUCAAUGACAGCUCCAGCCUUAUCUUCAAUUGGCGAGGAUCUGAACAUUACUUCAUCAUUCAUGCUUAACUUGACAUUGUCGAGUUUCAUCUUAGCAUACGCAUUUGGCCCAUUUGCAGUAGCGCCUCUUUCCGAAGUCUAUGGACGAGUAAAAGUUUUGCAAGUAUCCAAUAUAAUGUACCUAUUUUUCAAUCUCGGUUGUGGAUUUGCUCAAAACUCGGCUCAACUCAUUGUCUGUCGGUUUUUUGCCGGAUUGGGUGGAAGUGCUCCUCUUGUGAUUGGAGCCGGUGUCCUCGCAGACUGCUGGAGACCAGAGGAGCGUGGUACCGCGAUCAGCCUAUUCACUAUGGUGACCCUGCUUGGCCCAACCAUAGGCCCCAUCGUGGGUGGAUUUAUCACGCAGUACAGCAAUUGGCGCUGGAUAUUUUACUCCCUCACGAUUGCCGAUGCAGUCAUCCAAGUGUUUGGUUUCCUUGUCCUUAGGGAGACGUAUGCACCGAAGCUUCUUGGUGACAAAGCACGAGCGUUACGAGCGGAAACGGGAAAUGAUGCAUUAUACACAAAGUGGGAAAAGGGGGGCCGCAGUAUGAAAAUAAUUUUGAGAACAGCACUUGCAAGGCCAUUCAUCUUCCUAUUCACCCAGCCAAUCUGCCAGAUGCUCACGUUAUACGUCGCCUACCUAUAUGGUCUUACUUACUUGAUGUUGACUACAUUCCCCUCCCUCUGGACCGGCGUUUACGGUGAGAGUAUAAGUAUUGGCGGAUUGAACUAUCUUUCACUUGGAAUCGGAUAUGCCAUCGGUACACAAGGUACCGCACGAAUCAACGACAUCAUCUAUCGGCGCUUAUCGGCAAAAAGUGGCACGGGUGCGGGACAGCCAGAAUAUCGUCUACCCAUGCUGCUCGUCUCAGCCAUCUUGGUUCCAAUUGGUCUCUUCUGGUACGGAUGGAGUGCGCAGGCUCAGAUUCAGUGGAUUAUGCCAGAUAUUGGGGCCGCAAUCUUUGGAAUCGGAGUAAGAAUUGGAUAUCAAUGCUGCCAGGUCUAUGUCGUCGAUACAUACAGAACGUAUGCCGCAUCAGCAGGAGCUGUCCUGGUCUUUUUGCGGUCUCUCGCUGGUUUUGGAUUUCCACUGUUUGCGCCCUACAUGUUUGAGGCACUGGAUUAUGGAUGGGGAAAUAGUGUCCUUGCCUUCAUUGCCAUUUUUAUCGGUAUUCCAGCGCCUUUCAUUUUGUGGAAAUGGGGCCCGACAUUACGGGAGAGGAGCCGUUACCAGAUUUUAUAA